AUGGCGUUCCGGCGCGUGGCGGCCGUGGCGGCGGCGGCCGCGGCGUGCGGCUUGGCGGGCGGCUCCGUGCUCUUCUCUGCCGUGCCGCUCGGGAAGCAGCCGGCGCCGCCGCCGCCGCCCGUGGACAGGGCCGGCGGGGACGUCGCCCCGUCUCCGGCGCCCCCGCCGGGGCUGCUGCUCCUGCCCUCUCCGGCCGGCUCCGGCUCCGGCCCUGGCCCGGGGCCCGGCCCCGGCGCGGCGCCCGGCUGGCUGGAGAAGCCCAGCGGCUGCGGCUACUGGGACAGCAACUGGGACAGGAGAGCACCACUGGCUCUUAUGAACCUGAAGAAGAAAAAUCAGGAGACCGGAGAAGAAGAUGUCUCAUCCCGUCUAGCCCCCUACAAAGCAAAAGCUACCAGGCACAUUUUCCUUAUACGCCAUUCCCAGUACAACACAGAUGGGCGACAUGAUAAAGACAGAAAUCUGACACAGCUGGGCCGUGAACAAGCGGAGUUGACAGGGAAAAGACUUGCAAGCUUGGGACUAAAAUUUGAUAAAAUUGUGCAUUCUUCUAUGACCAGAGCAACUGAAACAACCAACAUCAUCAGCAAACAUCUCCCUGGGGUCAAGAAACAGAGCACUGAUUUGCUGUGUGAGGGAGCGCCAAUUGAACCAAAUCCUCCUAGCGCUCACUGGAAACCAGAAGCUGUGCAGUAUUAUGAAGAUGGGGCUCGUAUCGAAGCUGCCUUCCGAAACUAUAUUCAUAGGGCUGAUGUGAAGCAAGAAGAAGAUAGCUAUGAAAUCUUUGUUUGCCAUGCCAAUGUUAUUCGCUACAUAGUUUGCAGAGCGUUGCAGUUUCCUCCCGAAGGCUGGCUGAGGAUCACCCUCAACAAUGGCAGCAUCACCCUCUUGGUGAUCCGUCCCAGUGGCAGGGUGGCGCUUCGAAUGCUUGGCGACACGGGAUUCAUGCCUCCCGAGAAAAUCACGCACUGAGCGAGCCUUUCCGAAGCUGCUCAGUAGACUCUCUGCACCGGUGCAGCUCGGGUAGGAUAUUGUGUAUUCAGCAAAUGCCUACUUUCCCCACAGCCCUGCUUCGUCUCUGUGUAAAGAGGACUGUUUAGCUUAGGGAGACUGCAGCUGUCCCGGUCGGGGCCACUGCCACGUUCCACCAAGCACUGCUGCCGCAGACCCUGCUCAGGUGGCAGCUGUGCUGGGCUUUCCUGGGUUUCCCCUGUCGCAACUGAGUGGAGACCAUGCAGCAGUACUUAAUGGAAUGAAGAACCUAAAGUGAGAAUCCCCUAUGAAGCUUAAGGGUUUCUGAGCAGAGAAAAGAAAGCACUGUGAGCUUAUGAAGGCAUUUUUUUUUUGGUCAAUAAUCAAGAUACUCAUUUUGGUGCCUAACUGAAUGCUGCAGUUGGAUGAAAAGUAAUAGUUUCAACAGCUGCUUGAUGGCUGAGCUUCAGAGGGAGCUGUUGCCUUCUGAUGCAUGUCAUAUGGCAGGUCUACAUAUAGCAAAGGAUGGGAAGUGAAAAGUGAGAAUGAGAGAUAGGUAGCAUUGAAGACAGAACAUCUUACGGAGGUGCAUCUAAGGUGAAGAGACCCUCCCUUAAAAGAAACAGAACUACUGUUGCUCUUCUUUCCUUCAGUCCUGUCCAUGUAUUUGGUCUCUUCUACAAGUGAUGUUUUGUCACUAACUUUAUAAGCAGUCUUUUUCAGUAGUACAAAAAAGUAGUUCAGUAGUACAGCAAAGUAGACCCUUCUAUCGCUUCUGUUAUGAGCAGUUUUUACAGCUGACUCUUUGUCACUUGUCGCCACUUCUGUUGGGGCAAAGGCCAUCUAGGGACACUCAGGUGCUAAAUGAAAUCAACUUAAAAGUGAGCCCUGUCCUUCCCAUCCCUGAGCAUAGCCUGUGCUAUAUCUUCAGCAUCCUGGUUUGUAAGACGUCACACACCAAAAUGUUCUUGGAAUCAAAUCCUUGGCAGGUAGCUACAACUUCAGAGCAGAUGCAGUGCAUCCUAUGAAACUCUAUGACCAACCAUUGUAUGGUUGGAAGCAAGUGGUCCAGAAAGAGUGAGCAUAGCAUGGAGACGGUAUUUGUUAAAAGGGUAGUGCUCUGUGUUUUUAGCAGUGCAGGGAAUUAAAUUAUUAAGUGUCUCUGGAAAAAAAAAAUAAAGUUUUAUGGCCUUUCACACGAGAUGUCAUUGAAAUUACUCUAUUGAAUAUGCA